UCCAUCUGCUUCCAAACUGAACAGAGACCACAGACUUUGCACCCAAUUUCUCACCCACUAAUGGCCCCCGUCGAAGUCUGCGUCAAGGCCGCCGUCGGCAACCCUGAGAUCCUCGGAGACUGUCCAUUUAGUCAGAGGGUUCUUCUCACUCUGGAGGAGAAGAAAGUCCCGUACGAGAUGAAGCUGAUCAAUGUCGAUAACAAGCCUGAUUGGUUUUUGGAGAUCAACCCUGAAGGAAAGGUACCUUUGUUUAAAGGGGAGGAUGGCAAAUGGGUUGCGGAUUCGGAUGUUAUUACUGGAAUUAUUGAAGAGAAAUACCCGGAUCCGUCUUUGGUUACACCACCUGAGUACUCUUCAGUGGGAUCGAAGAUAUUUCCUUCUUUUGUCAAGUUCUUGCGAAGCAAGGAUCCGAAUGAUGGCACAGAGAAAGCUUUGCUUGAGGAAUUGCAAGCUCUGGAUGAUCAUCUCAAAGCUCAUGGCCCAUAUGUUGGUGGUGAGAAAAUCUCUGCAGUUGAUUUGAGCUUGGGGCCUAAGUUGUUUCAUCUUGACAUUGCUCUUGAUCAUUUCAAAGGAUGGAAAAUCCCAGAAAAUCUGACUAAUGUCCACUCAUACAUGCAGCUGCUCUUCAAUCGGGAGUCAUUCGUAAAGACCAAGGCUGCGAGAGAGUACGUCAUUGCUGGGUGGGCACCUAAAGUGAAUGCCUGAAGCUGUCUCUAGGAACAAUAAUUAGCUGAAACUGCAGGUUGUCUUAAGGAGUAGCUAUGUGCUUAGUUAUGUUUAGUGUUUGUACCGUAGCUCUCCUAUGAUUAGUAAUUAGUGCCUAUGAUUAGUAAUGAGUGCAGUUUAGAGGUUUAUGAGUGCUCCAUAUGUGAAGAUGGGGAAAAGCACAGCUUCUCUGGUAGUUUUUAUUUCAAUAUGUGUGCGUGACGAAGGUAUCCAAUGUAUUGUGUGUUUCUAAGAAUUGGAGGCUUUAUUGCUGGUUUGAACAUGUUUACCGAAAUACUGGGUCUCCAUGCUUUGUGCUUCUUCGCGGUUAUCUGAAGCAUCAUGUUUUGAAUUA